GGAGCUUGGCACUGCCGGGUGGCCGGAAGGUACGGUGGGGACAGCUCUCUGGGCGCGCGAGGCAGAAAAGGGGACCGGGCCAGGACUGUACAGUGGGCCUCAGUCGCUCAAACCCGGGACCGGGCGUCCGCAGCCCAGCUGGCCGGGACUCCCUUCCGGACGCUCCUGAGGAGGAAGAGAAAGGUGUGGGCCCUGCUUCUUUGGGAGGCCCCAGGCUGGCCAGCAGCUCACACGCCCGGAUAGCGCCCUCUGAUCCCGGCGCUGGGGCGGAUAGCUAGCCUUGGACUUGCCCCUGUUUUGGGGUAGUCGCCCAAACGACUCCGCACGCCGGGUGGCGAGCUGAACCCAGACCAGGAGACCCGAAGACCAAAUGGAUAGAAUGAGAAGGAAAUGGGGGUAGCAACCAGAAUUGAGGUACUGGAUUCCAAGUGACAGCUUCACAAGCUGAAAUCUAGUAGGAUGGCAGGAUUUUCAUAGUAUAUGUAGUAUGAGUUCCACAUCUUGGCCUCUUAUCCAGCUUCAGCAGUCUCAGCUCCACCAGUUAGAGAAUAAAUGGGAUUUGCACGAACUCCACUCUAAGCUGAAAUACAGACUGUGGUGUUAAUAUCCUUUUCUUCUGGUUGUUAUUAACAGGUCCUCAGAAAAUUAAAUGUCGUCAGAAGACCGAGAAGCUCAGGAGGAUGAAUUGCUGGCCCUGGCUAGUAUUUAUGAUGGAGAUGAAUUUAGAAAAGCAGAGUCUGUCCAAGGUGGAGAAACCAGGAUCUAUUUGGAUUUGCCACAGAAUUUCAAGAUAUUUGUGAGCGGCAAUUCAAAUGAGUGUCUCCAGAAUAGUGGCUUUGAAUACACCAUUUGCUUUCUGCCUCCACUUGUGCUGAACUUUGAACUGCCACCAGAUUAUCCAUCCUCUUCCCCACCUUCAUUCACACUUAGUGGCAAAUGGCUGUCACCAACUCAGCUAUCUGCUCUAUGCAAGCACUUAGACAACCUAUGGGAAGAACACCGUGGCAGUGUGGUCCUGUUUGCCUGGAUGCAAUUUCUUAAGGAAGAGACCCUAGCAUACUUGAAUAUUGUCUCUCCUUUUGAGCUCAAGAUUGGUUCUCAGAAAAAAGUGCAGAGAAGGACAGCUCAAGCCUCUCCCAACACAGAGCUAGAUUUUGGAGGAGCUGCUGGAUCUGAUGUAGACCAAGAGGAAAUUGUGGAUGAGAGAGCUGUGCAGGAUGUGGAAUCAUUGUCAAAUCUGAUCCAGGAAAUCUUGGACUUUGAUCAAGCUCAGCAGAUAAAAUGCUUUAAUAGUAAAUUGUUCCUGUGCAAUAUCUGUUUCUGUGAGAAGCUGGGUAGUGAAUGCAUGUACUUCUUGGAGUGCAGGCAUGUGUACUGCAAAGCCUGUCUGAAGGACUACUUUGAAAUCCAGAUCAGAGAUGGCCAGGUUCAAUGCCUCAACUGUCCAGAACCAAAGUGCCCUUCGGUGGCCACUCCUGGUCAGGUCAAAGAGCUAGUGGAAGCAGAGUUAUUUGCCCGUUAUGACCGCCUUCUCCUCCAGUCCACCUUGGACCUGAUGGCAGAUGUAGUGUACUGCCCCCGGCCAUGCUGCCAGCUGCCUGUGAUGCAGGAGCCUGGCUGCACCAUGGGUAUCUGCUCCAGCUGCAAUUUUGCCUUCUGUACUUUGUGCAGGUUGACCUACCAUGGGGUCUCUCCAUGUAAGGUGACUGCAGAGAAAUUAAUGGACUUACGAAAUGAAUACCUGCAAGCAGAUGAGGCUAAUAAAAGACUUUUGGAUCAAAGGUAUGGUAAGAGAGUGAUUCAGAAGGCACUGGAAGAGAUGGAAAGUAAGGAGUGGCUAGAGAAGAACUCAAAGAGCUGCCCAUGUUGUGGAACUCCCAUAGAGAAAUUAGAUGGAUGUAAUAAGAUGACAUGUACUGGCUGUAAGCAAUAUUUCUGUUGGAUUUGCAUGGGUUCUCUCUCUAGAGCAAACCCUUACAAACAUUUCAAUGACCCUGCUUCACCAUGCUUUAACCGGCUGUUUUAUGCUGUGGAUGUUGACGACGAUAUUUGGGAAGAUGAGGUUGAAGACUAAUUAACUACUGCUGAAGAUAUGGAAGUGGAUUGUUUUUCCCUAAUCUUUCGUCAAGUACACAAAGUAACUUUGCGGGAUAUUUAGGGUACUACUCAUUCACUCUUCCUGUGUAGAAGAUAUGGAAGAACAAACUUUAUAUUUUCAUGUGGUACUACUGAAGAAGGUGCAUUCAUACAUUUUAAAAUGUAAGUUGAGAAAAAUAAGCCAAAGGUUCAGAAAAUGAAACUACAGAAUAUUAAAUAUUAUAAUGUGAUAAUGUGCCCAAAGCUCUGAAUAGUAAAAAAUUAAAUAUUUAUUUUCUUCCCCAAGCUUUAGGUAAGGAGAAGAGGGGUCAAGAGUUAAACUUAGAGACCCUUUGUCUCUGAGAAGCAUCCCUCUAAGACAUUCUGUUGGAGCUCCCUCAGUACUACUAUUCCUUACAACUGGAGUGGGUAGAAGCCUUUUGAAAAUUAUACUGAGAACCUGAUCUCAUUUACUCUAUGUUAAUCACAUUCCUACCAACCUAAAUUUCUGCCAACUCAGUUCUCUUUGGAGGAAGCCCUUUACUCUGUAACUGACUGGAUGGUCCAGUGUCAUUUUGAUCUGCUUUUCAGAAUGGAAAUUUAUAAUAAUUUAAAUAUAUGUUUUAAUACCACAAACACUGUGGGGCACUUGAUAUUUAUUAGUGGUGUAUAUGAUCCACUGGUUGCAGGCCAAAUCUAGAAUUUAGUGAUACUGGCUCAGAAGAAUUUAAGUUCUAUUCAACUUUCCUAGGAGUUAGAACCUAGAUUCAAAAUGACUUGUCUUUGCUACUUUUGUUCCACAUUCUCUCUCUUUACCUUUGCCCUACCUUCUGUUUGUAAGGACGAUUUUAGUAUUAAUUCCAGGAACACAUGUUUUUAUUUCCUCUGCUGGAAUAGGAGAAAGCUUAAUAUAUUCCCAAGCUGAAUGUUCUUGAAUUAUCUGCAUUCACCACUGUAUAUGCAUAUAGUGACAGUAUAACCUGUCUAUACCACGGUAGUUCCAGUCCUAACUUCCUGAAUUAUUCUUAAAGAUCUUCUCUAACAAGUUAUGGGAAUUUGGCUUCAUACUCUUUUUUUUGCAACAGCAUUGUUCUGAGUGAUAAUUUUGAAUUGAUACCUGUUCUUUUUUUCGGGUUUUGUUGGCUUUUUGAAAAAUUGUCUUUUCUUAUCAUUGGUGGGUGGCUUGGUAGCAAAAUAACAUUUUUUUGGAAAAGAGGACAGAAAAAUUGAACUGCAGCUUGAGAACAUAUUCUUUUUUUCCUACUUCGUCAUUGAAAAUUGAGGAAUCACUUUUAACUGUUUUAGGUGUGUGUGUCCAGAGUGAGCAAGGACUAUGUUUUUGGAUUGUCAAAGAGGAUGCUUAAUCUUAAAAUAAAAAUAAAUUUAAAAAUCAUCUUAUAAUUAGAA